GUAGAGGGGCGAGGAAAUUCGGCGGUCGCGAUGGUGUCUGCAGCACGCAGUAACUCGCAAGCACGCAGCUCGCACGCGUUUCUCGCGCAGUCCGCGAUUCUCACGUGUCCGAUAUCGUAUCAUACCGGCAUUACGCACGGCGAUCUAAAUUCAGCACAGGAUAAUGGGGACGCGUGCUAUAUUCCUCUGCGCGUGUCUAGCGACCGCCACCGCCACGCUCGAGGUGGUCAACCAAUGGAACCUCCUCCAGUUCGACUUCCCCCCCGACCCGGUGUUGCUCGAGAAGUUCCAGCCUGAAAAUACUGUUCCCACUGGUCUAGAGAUCGGCUGGGACAAGAUCUAUCUGGGAAUCCCAAGGUUGAGGGCAGGCAUCCCGGCCACCAUGGCCUGGGUACCUCGCAGCCUGCCACCCGGCGUUAGUCCCGUACUUCAGGCGUACCCCGAUUGGUCGUGGCACAGCGCCGGCCGCGGCGACAUCAACUGCACCGGGCUGGUCUCCGUGUACCGCAUGCGGGCCGACCGCUGCAACAGACUGUGGGUGCUGGACGCGGGCGUGCUAACCAGCAUUGACGACUUCCGCCGCGUCUGCCCACCUAAGAUCCUAAUCUUCGACAUGGCUACUGACAGAUUAGUGAGGAGUGUGUACUUCCCCAGGGAGCUGCUGCGCCCAGCCUCCUUGCUGACCAACAUAGUGCUGGACGACACCAGGUCGCCCUCCACCCGCCAUUCCACUUGCGACAACAUCUUCGCCUACAUCAGUGACACUGUUGCUCCAGGCAUCAUCGUGUACGACGGUCUCCGAGACAAUGCGUGGCGCGUGACCCACGCCUCAAUGUACCCGGACCCAGACCUUGGGGAGUACGAUAUCGGGGGCGAGAGGUUCACACUCAUGGAUGGCAUUGUAGGGCUGGCCCACUCCCCCACUCAGGGCCUGUUAUAUUACCAGCCUUUAGCUACAGACAGACUGUUCAGCGUAUCAACAGCAGUGCUAGCUUCAGGGCCGCCAGCGGAGGGUGCGGAGUUGCCAGUGAACCUGGUGGGACGCAAGUCCUCGCAGGGUCUGGGCAUCGCCGUGGACCCCCGCGACGACACAAUCAUCUUCAGCCCCAUCACCGAGACCGCCAUCGCCGCGUGGAACCCGCUCGCUAACACGCACAAGCUCCUGGCGAUGGACGCGGAGAAGCUGCAAUUCCUGGCGGAGGUGCGGUGGGCGGAGCGCGACAACGGCGCGGUGUGGGGGCUCUCUACGCGCUUCCACAAAUUCUUCCGCAGAUCCGUCUCCAAGCACGAGAUCAACGUGCGCGUGGUGCGCGUGCCGGAGACGGGGUUCGCGGCGCUGCAGCCGCACGUGCUGCGGCGCGCCGCGCGCACCCCGCGCAACUCCACGCUGCACUGACACUCAUCACCUUUUACACACAUUAGUGCUGGAUCAAGUCUGCGCGAAACCAAGCAAGCAGCAAGUAUGGCAUAAAUCACCUGACUGAAUGGAACAUAUUAGAGAGUAUUACAUGACCAAAAAUAAGGUCUAACAACAUAUGGGGCGCAAGUCCGUAGCAUUGCCUUAGGUACUCGACAACAUGCCUGGAAAUCUCUCUUCAGGAACUGAAUUUCUUUGCUCCAUAAUAAUUAAAUUAUGAAACGUUUAUGUAAUAUUAUGAUAAAAAAUAAAACAAUAUUUAUAUAAAUAAAAUUAUAGAUGACAGGCCGCAAGUUAUCUCCAUAUACAAGUUGGUUCUCGAUAAAUGAGGCCCAUUCAAUAAUUACUCUGCCUGUUACGUUUCUUUGUAAACAGCUAUAAUAGAUGAUGAAAGAUGGUAUUCUAACAAAUCUAUUGGGAGAAUCAAAACAUUUUUUUAUUGAACAUUCAGAGUACUGAGCAGCAGCUCAUUGUGAUGGCUGGUUUUUAACAACUCCUUAUAUAAAAACUAGACCAAUUCGUUAUGGUUUCGCAAAAAGGGUUUCCUUAGUACAGGUUUUUUUAAUACUUUAAAACGUAUAACAAUUUGGCACGUCGCACCCUGAAAAUUUUACCAAAGCAAUCGAAUUAACCAUUGUAACCUAUGACACGAGACGACUCACUGAUGAAUGUACAUACGUGUAUACAUACUGAUUAUAUAUUUUAAAAUAAUAAUGAAUCGAUCGUUAUUA